AUGAAGAAUUUCAUUGAUCUGGUCCUAGGCCCGACUUCUGGAGGGACACCAAAGCCAGAUAUGUCAGCGGUGGUUCGACCAUCUGCAGUCCGAACUGAACCCUCUCCGUCAUUUCAAAACAAAAGUCAUGUCACUACUGUUUCAAAGCAUCGGGCUCUAUCGCCUGAACUCGAGGAUGAUAGUGACUUGGUAGAGGAUUCUACUUCAAUUAUCAAGUUGGUAAGGGGGCAAUCUGUUGAGAAAAAAGGAAAGUCAUUGUCGAGCCAUUCGCCGACGAUCUUAGAGGGGCUUAGAGACAUAGACAUUCAUUCAAAGGACUCUGUCGCUGAUGAUGUUGAUGUUGCGGUGGGUUUGGACAAGGCUACGAUCCUUUCCCCCGAUCUACGAAUUUUUGAGAAUCA